GAGCUAAACAAAGAGCUGUCGUGGCCCCCCGACCUCCUCCAGCAUCGCUCCCAGCCGCCUGCAGCUCGUGGCGGGGCAGGGUGGGACUUUUGUUCCCAUGGUGGCUGGUGACAGAGCAGAUGGUGAGGUCGCCUGCCGGGGCGCCGCUGUCGCCGUGAGACGCGCCUCAGUCCAGCUGACCUGCGCCAGGCAGCUGCUCGUCACUGGAAGCCGCGCGCCGCAGCCAUUCACUCCGUAGCGCCGUCGCCGGAGCGGAGCGGACCACGAAUUCCCGUCAACGAGGCUUUUUAACCCGUGCUGUUGAAAUUAAACCGGCGCCCCUCGCACCGCCCGGGACCCGCGGAUGCUGCACGGGUCAGACGCCGUAGCCUGCAGCAGUCUUGCGCGCGGAGGAGACGGCGCUUCGUAGGUUCAGAAGCUUCCUCUUCUCGACUAUCGCCUGUGGAUUCGAAGACACCGCCCUUCAGGGGAGCGACGGCAGCGGAGGAGGCUCGUGCUCAUGAGCCCUCACACCCUGAACGCCUCCCUGAACGCCGCCUCUGGUUUUAGCGCCGCGUGAGCGGAGAGAGCUAGCGAACGGCAUGGCGCCUAGCGCGACGCGCCGCCCCCCGUUGCUCUGGCUGUGCGCGGGGCUGCUCCUCGCCCUGCCGGCGCCCGCCCGGGCCAAGGCCUGCCCCCGCUUGUGCGUGUGCGAAAUCCGGCCCUGGUUCACCCCGCAGUCCACCUACAAGGAGGCCAUCACGGUGGACUGCAACGACCUGAGGCUCACGCGCAUCCCGGCCAACCUGUCGGCCAACGCCCAGGUGCUGCUGCUCCAGAGCAACGCCAUCUCGCGCACCGGCGGCGAGCUGGAGGCGCUGUUCAACCUGACCGAGCUGGACCUGUCCCAGAACAACUUCAGCACGGUGGAGGCCGUGGGCCUCCGUGGCAUGAACCACCUCACCACCCUGCACCUGGAGGAGAAUCAGAUCACCAAGCUGCCGGACCGCUGUCUGGGGAACCUCUCCAACCUCCAGGAGCUCUACAUGAACCACAACCAGAUAAGCUCCAUCGCGCCUCUGGCCUUCGCCGGCCUGCGCAGCUUGCUGCGGCUGCAUCUCAACUCCAACAAGCUCAGCGUCAUAGACAGCCGCUGGUUUGAAGAAACGCCCAACCUCGAGAUCCUCAUGAUUGGGGAGAACCCAGUCAUUGGCCUCCUGGACAUGAACUUUAAGCCUCUGGGAAGCCUGAGGAGUCUGGUUCUAGCGGGCAUGGACCUCACCGACGUCCCAGCGAAUGCAUUUGUGGGCCUGGAUAACCUGGAAAGCAUUUCGUUCUAUGACAACAAACUAGUAAGAAUUCCCCAACUGGCACUUCAGAAAGUUCCCAAUCUGAAAUUUUUGGACUUAAACAAAAAUCCAGUUCACAAAAUCCAGGAGGGUGACUUCAGGAACAUGCUGCGUCUGAAGGAACUGGGCGUCAACAACAUGAUGGAGCUGGUGUCCAUUGACAGAUAUGCGCUGGACAACCUGCCAGAGCUAACGAAGCUAGAGGCUACAAACAACCCCAAGCUGUCCUACAUCCACAGGCUGGCCUUCAGGGACAUGCCCUCCCUGGAGAGCCUGAUGCUCAACAGCAACGCCCUGACCGCGCUUUACAAGAGCACCGUGGAGGUGCUGCCCAACCUGCGGGAGAUCAGCCUGCACAGCAACCCGCUGCGCUGCGACUGCGUCAUUCAGUGGAUGGCCUCCAACAGGACCACGGUUCGCUUCAUGGAGCCGCUGUCCAUGCUCUGCGCGUCCCCGGAGGAGCUCAAGGGCCGGCGGGUCCGGGAGCUGAGGCCGCUGGAGCCCUCCGAGCAGUGCCUGCCCCUCAUCUCCCACGACACCUUCCCCGGCCACGUGAGCCUGGACCUGGGCGCCAGCGUCAGCCUCGACUGCAGGGCCAUGGCCGAGCCCGAGCCCGACAUCUACUGGGUGACGCCCCUGGGGAGCAAAAUCGCCACGGACACCGCGUCGGAGCGCUACCACCUGAGCAGCGAGGGCACCCUGCGGCUGUCCCACGUGCAGGUGGAGGAUUCGGGCCAUUACACGUGCGUGGCCCAGAACACGGAGGGCGCCGACACGCGGGUCGUCACCGUGCGGGUGAACGGGACCCUGCUGGACACCGCCCAGGUGAUGAAGAUCUACGUCAAGCAGACGGAGUCCCACUCCAUCCUGGUCUCCUGGAAGGUCAACUCCAACGUGAUGUCGUCCAACCUCAAGUGGGCGUCGGCCACCAUGAAGAUCGACAACCCGCACAUCACCUACACCGCCCGCGUCCCCGUCGACGUCCACGAGUACAACCUCACCCACCUGCAGCCGGCCACCGAGUACGAGGUGUGCCUCACCGUCUCCAACGUCCACCUGCAGACGCACAAGUCCUGCGUCAACGUGACCACGCGCGGCGCCACCUUCUCCCUGGACCUGUCGGAGCAGCACCCGAGCGCGGCCGUGCUCGCCGUCAUGGCGGCCAUGCUGGCCUUCCUCAGCCUGGCCACGGCGGCCAUCUACACGGCGCGCCGGUGGAAGCGGAAGAACUACCACCACUCCCUGAAGAAGUACAUGCUGAAGACGUCGUCCAUCCCCCUCAACGAGCUCUACCCGCCGCUCAUCAACCUCUGGGAGGCUGACGGGGACAAGGACAAGGACGGCGGCGCCGAGGCGAAGCCCUCCCCCGUGGACACCACGCGUAGUUAUUACAUGUGGUGAAGGUUCGGUGACGAGGCCUGGCCGCCUCUCACGCAGCACAAAAACACACACUUUUGCCAUUUUGGCGCAAAAGUCGGAUAAAGUUGCAAAUGUUUUUUUGUAUUGUCAGCUUUGCUAAUAAGGAGCAGAGUGAUCACCGACAGGAUUUUUAUUAGUAUAGCGUAUCGCCUUCGUUUGGUUUUUCCUAUCUAAGUGUUUGGGACUCCUCAACAUGGCAGCUGUAUUUAGCCUCCAGGUCGUCUUAGUUGCUAUGCUCUGUUUCCGUGGCACAUUUCGGACUCACUUUCCUUUGGGUUAAUAAUCCAGCGGUGGUGUUGGAGUGUUGUUGAAUAGAGACCAGUGUUUCUUUGUUCUGUAAAGCAGGUCAUCUGUGCACCGAUAGAUCGUGAAGUUUGUAUUAACUUCACUUAAAGGCUGACAGUGGGGUUUAGACUUGUUCAACCGUCUACUGAGUGUUAGCAAUUGUGCAGUAAUGUUGUAUCAACUAUAACUUUGAACUUUCUCUUUUAAAUUCCAAGAGAAUAGGAUUUUAGUUUGCUGGUAAGUGUAAUGUUAAAGCUAGGAAUACCAACAUAUAUACUUUUUAAGUGAACUAGAAAUUUUUGGGUUAAUUUUCCAUUUACUUGUUUUGCUAGACUUUGAUUUGCUAAAUGCUUAGUUUAUUAUUUCCGUGUGUAACAUGCAUACAGAAGAAAUGAAAAUAAAGAAUUUUGAGUUGUUUUGCA